GUGGUUGGUCCUGGGUUUUUCUUGUUCUCACUAACAGUUAACUGACUCAAUGAUUUGCUGCAGGUAUAAAGUUUCUGAAGUCGCGGCGUGGGAAGAUAAUAAUGAUGGUGAACACGUUUCCGUUCUGCGAGGAGUCGAAAUUGCGGGACAAGGUGAUUUGGAGGUGUACGUCGAAGAAGACGAACUGCAAGGCGCGGAUUCAUAUGCUGGGGUCAAGCGUGGUGGCGGUGAAAGGGAUGCACAAUCACCCACCGCGCGCGCUGUGCUUGCCUACGCGCAGAAGUAGCGCGCGCAAGCAAUUAGACGCGUGCGCAGCGCCGCCGCCGCCCAUGCCUAUGUCCGCUAACGUCAUGGAUGCUCUCGCGCUACAGUCCUCGGAACUCAAGUGACGUUCACAUGACACUUCCAAAACUGAUUUAUUUUAUAGAUGAAUUUCGAGAUAACACCGAUGGUUUCUCUUGUAAAUAUUCUUUUGUAUUUCUAAAAAUUUACACGUUUUGACGAGCAAUAUUGUUAGUCCACCUUAGGGUUGUAUGAAAUAUAAACUACAGCAAUGAUUUCAGCAGGUUAAAUUACGAUUUUGUAGACCCCCGGCCGUUUAGCGGACGUUGGGUCGUUAAUAUCAUAUUACUGUAUAUGUCUGUAUCACUAUGUUGUUGUUUCAGGACUUUCCCUUAAAGUUUUUGCACUUAUGUUGACACAAUAACUUCUCGAAACUAAAACGUUUAUUGCAAAGUUAGUUAAUUACUGAGUAUUAUGAUAAUGUUAAUUGAUGGUUUAUGUAUAGGGCCCGCCGAGGUAUUGUUCAUUAUUAUAAGUAUGUACGUGAUAUAAGUGACAACAAGACAAUAGUUUGUAUAAGUAAUAUCAGCGCUAUUAGCGAAGUUCGUGGUUGAUCCAAAUGUAGAGUAAGGCGUGAACGGAUUCAAGAUUUCAUUCCAUUUGUACUGCCUUUGACAUUUGGCUUGUACUGGUGCUUAAAACUGAGGUUGAUUAUUAAAAUAGUUUAUUAAAUGAUAUUUUUACAUGGUUGAUACUUUUUGAAAGUGUAACUUUAUAAAUUUGCUCAGUUUCGUAUCUAUAUCAAUACAAUUGAAGUUCGAUUUUAUACAGAAAAUAUUAAAGAUGAACAUUGCAAUCUAUGUAAAGUUGUGAUAAGGUUUUAAUUUAGACUUAAAUCUAUUUGGAUAGUUUUAACAUACUUUUAUAUUGUACUUAUGAAUUAUGAUAUUAACGUUAAAUAAAUGUGAAGUGUAUUUAAUUCGGAUAAGUGAGAAAGUGCCUUUUCCAAUUAUAUGGGACCACUGUCAAUUAUAAAUGAUAUUCUAAACAUUCCUUAUUUAAAAUUAUAGUUUGGUCUUUUCAUAACGUAAUAAUUCCAAUUUUGAUAACUUUAUAUCGAUAUACACGACGUUAAAUUUGUUUAGGAGUAUUACUUCUUAAGAUUUUUGAUUAAAUUAUGUUUAAUUUAGCAGCGGAUUUUCUUUUUCAAGCCUUGGGGCCUAAUGAAGUGAAGCCCUAUCAAAAACCUCUUUUGUGGUUCUAUUUCAGAAAUAACUUUUUUCAGAGAGUAGGUAAGUGGUUAGAUUGAUUU